AGCGUGCGAGACAGUACUUGGUCGACACAUAUGACGCCGAUACUGUCAAUGCUGAUAAUGAUGACGAAGAUGCGUAUGACUAUGAAUUUGGCCGUUAUCUGAAUCCAUAUGAAACCAGAAAGCAGACGACGCCUAUAACAACGAGUACUUCAAAGCACUCUAUCCCUAUACGGUCUCCAUCACCUCCCAAAGUACCGCGACCUGAGCCAGUCAACGUAUCGCCACCCACAGAUGCAGAUAAUGCCCCUUCGUCCCCCCACCCCUCUGGUUCUCAAAGCCCAAUUCCCCGAAGCCCCUCCCCGUCCCAACGACACUCAUCCCCCUCUCCCAACUGAGCAGUCAUUGGACGAGCCCUCUAGAGAGUCUAAUGAGGUCGAUCUAGUCCAAAAAUCUCUUGACACCAUUGAGACGAUCCAGAAAAGGUUCGAAGGACUGAAGACUACCUUUGCAUGGCCGUCUCACCUCGAUUUUGAACUCGAUGGCGAGGUGGUAUCCGUUUCUACUAACGGUUCUUCGGAGCCGAAGUUGACGCCACCAAAGCUCGCUUAUACGAACCGCAAUACACCUUUACACGCUUACAACGAGGCGCUAAACCGUUUGCUCGUUCAAUUGGAUGCCGUGGAGAGCUGGGGAGAGCUGGAAAUUCGCGAACGUCGGAAGUGUGUCGUGUCAAUGGUAGAGGCUGAGGCGGCUAGAGUUGAACGAGGGUGGAAGGCAAUGUGGGAAGCCGGGAAGGAUGAUAUCCAGGACGAUGAGGGAUAUGGCGGCGAGGAACAACAAUGAUUGUUUCAUUGUCUCGGCCUUCCCCUCAUCAAAAUUUCCAUCCGACAUCGCAGCUACCCAAUCUGUGUGCUAUUAUCAAACAUUAAUUAACCAAUUUAUGCGUGUCGGAUACGCCUCACCUGCCGCUCCAUCUUCUUUCUUUGAUCCGAGGUUAUUUCUUAUGCUGCAGCCGAUGACGAUUCAAGAGCUCAGUAAAUCUGGACCUAUCUUGAGCUUGGAGGACGUUC